GGCUAUGGGUGGCCACCGGCCAGGAGGCAGCCGGGCUAAGCCCCGCUGAGCCCACCGGGCCGGCCAUGGGCGACCGGGAGCGGAACAAGAAGCGACUGCUGGAGCUGCUGCAGGCGGCAGGCACUGGCAAUGCGUACUGCGCCGACUGCGGGGCGGCGGAUCCUGACUGGGCCUCGUACAAACUGGGCAUCUUCAUCUGUCUCCACUGCUCGGGCGUACACCGCAACUUCCCCGACGUCAGCAAGGUGAAAUCCGUGAGACUUGACUUCUGGGAUGACAGUAUUGUAGAGUUUAUGACCCACAAUGGGAACCUCCGUGUGAAAGCCAAGUUCGAAGCCAGAGUUCCAGCUUUCUACUACAUCCCCCAGGCCAAUGACUGCCUGGUCUUAAAGGAACAGUGGAUUCGAGCUAAGUAUGAGAGACAGGAGUUCAUGGCUGAUGGGAAAACCGUCUCCAGUUCAGGUAACCGUGAAGGAAUCCUGUGGAAGCGGGGAAGGGACAAUGCUCAGUUCCUGAGGAGGAGGUUUGUCCUUCUGGCAAGAGAAGGCCUCCUGAAGUACUACACCAAGGAAGAGAGUAAAGGCCCCAAAGCUGUCAUCAGCAUCAAGGAUUUGAACGCUACCUUCCAGACAGAGAAGAUAGGGCACCCACAUGGGCUGCAGAUCACCUACAAGAGAGAGGGCCGCAACCGGAACCUGUUUGUAUAUCAUGAAAGUGGGAAGGAGAUAGUAGACUGGUUCAAUGCCCUUCGUGCAGCCCGUUUACAAUACCUCAAAGUGGCCUUUCCUGAGCAACCAGAGGCUGAGCUUGUGCCCUUUAUCACCAGGAACUACCUCAAACAAGGCUUCAUGGAAAAGACUGGCCCAAAGCAGAGAGAACCUUUCAAGAAAAGGUGGUUUGCCCUGGAUCCCCAGGAGCGGAGGCUGCUGUAUUACAAGAACCCUCUGGAUGCCUUUGAGCAGGGCCAAGUUUUUCUGGGAAGCAGUGAGCAGGGUUACGAGGUAUGUGAAGACCUGCCCAGGGGCGUUCGAGGGAACCGCUGGAAAGCCGGCCUCACCAUAGUUACCCCGGAGCGGAAGUUCAUCCUUACCUGCCCCAGUGAGAAGGAGCAGCGAGAGUGGCUGGAGAGUCUGGGGGAUGUCCUGUCCCGCCCCUUGUCGCCCCUCCACCUCCACCUCCUCACUGCAUCAGCAGACAGUGGCAGCAGGUGACCUUUUGUCACAGUAUCAUUGCCGAGAAGGAGGCUGGCCGCUGAGCACCUGAGGUCCUGGGGCACAGGAGAGUUCACCUCUGCCCUGGUUGCCCAGCUGUCCCUGGCAGAGAACUGUGGCAAGACUGACGCUGGGAACAUUUCUCUGGCUGCCUGGGCUCCCUCUGGCUCCCCCUGCCCAGCCUCCGGAAGCUCUGGAUCUGGUACAGAGAUGAACCCAUAGCCUGGCUCUACUGCACCCAGGCUGGAAAUGUCAUGAAGGCCUAGAAUUUUCUCCCCAAGGUAUCUGGAGGUAUUGGGAUAAAAAAGCACCACAGCCUAAUGCGGAUGACAUUUUGCCAAACAAAAUAAAAGGUCAAUGUUUAAUCUGAAUCUAACCAUGAGGAAAUAAUCAGACACAAUCAGAUUCACAUUUAGGUGCCUGCUGCUAAUUAAUUAACCUAGACACUUCAAAAUGUCAAUGUCAUGAAAGGUAAAAUAGUAGAGAACUUCUAGAUUAAGGGAGAGUAAGACAUGUCAACUAGAUACAGUUUAGGAUUCUAUUUUUUUUUUCCAGCCCUGGGGCUUGUACUCAGGGUCUGGUUACGGUCCCUGAGCUGCUUCUUCUCAAGGC